AUGGAUGGAAAGAAUAUCCCUAACUUGGAAGACCAUGAGAACAUUCUCUGUCCACUCCCAGCUGAGGAUAUGAGGAUCAAAAAUAUGAAUGGGGAAGACCUUGUUUCGCCUAAUCGGACUCAAAAUGAACCGGAAAAUGACGCAUUAAAGCUUAAAAUCGGAAUAGAAGAAGAGACUAUUAGUUUUAACCUAUACGAAAACUCUAACGAGAGGCGACCUUGCGAUUUGGGUAGAGAAGCCGUAUUCAGCCAGCUAGGACAAUCUUCCUUCCAACUUUACUCAUCUGGUCGAUCUUCACGAGAGCGCUCUAUCAUUUCCCUAUCAGAUGGAUCUGAUCAUCCAGCCAUUCGUUUGCCUUCUCCAGAAUUCGAGCCGGAUAGUAUAGAGGGAGUUAGGUCAUUGCAACCAGCCCCAUGGGAGAGCUUUAUGUCUGGGAAAUGUCUCAAGCUUCCUGGUGUUGAUCUUAGUCAGCCGUAUCUCAUGACGCAAGGCAACAUGCACAGCUCAAGUUUGUCCGUUGACCGGGUCCCACCUCCAAUCUGUUCCAAGUCUAGCUCAAGGAAUUUAAUUAUCACUCCAUCGGCACAUUCACCUCACUCCCUACAUGCCUCUCAACAAGGCUUGAAUGAGCUUUCUGCCCAAAAUGAGGAAGAUAAACACAAUAGUUAUGGCGGUUACACUGUAGAAGAUGGUUCUGAUGCACAGACACUCCACUUUAAGCAAUUUGUCUUCGAAACAAACUCAGUUGGUGUAGCCUCAGCUCCAUAA